GCGCGUCUCUGCAGAAGAACAGACGAGAUGACAUUCAAAAUGGCGGGCUCUGUGGCAUAGUUGUUAAAAAAGAUCUGAGUUACUAGCUUGGACUGUUCACUUACCAGAAAUAUCCCCACCAUUGUAUAAACUAAAUAGCUGUUGAGGUCUGGAUCCCGUUUGUUGCCACUAACCGCUUGUAUAACAUGGAUUUUACUGAUAUCGGCGAAGAUGAGUUAGUAUCCAGUCUUGGAAUGGAUUUUGAGCAAGGACGCAGAUUCAUGGGUCCUGGUAGAGGUGGUGGCUUCCGUCCAAUGGGUCCGCCAGGACAUGGGCCGCCCGGCCGAGGGCAUCCUCCGGGGUUCAUGGGGGGUCCCCCAAGGGGCCCACCAAGACAGCCAUUUGGUGGCAAUAGGCCACCACAUGGACAAAUGAUGAGGCCACAAAUGAUGCCACAUGGCAUGCAUGGGCCGGGUGGACCCAGACAUAGAAUGCCUAUGAAUGGCCCCCCAUGGCAAGAUGGAGGUCGAGGUCGCAAAAGACCAAUGCAGUCACAUGGGGCAGGCAACCAGAGAAGACCGUCUAAGGGUGAUAACACACCUAACAAGAAGGACCAGACUACCACUCAGAAAGAAUCACCAUCAAAGGCAGAAGGGGUGGAGCCUAAAAAGGCUAAAGAGACUGAACAGGCAGAAGAGGCCGACUUGGAUGAGGACAAACUUCUCAAAAGUGAUGAUGAAGGAGAUGGGGCUGGCCCAAGUGCAGACUUAGACGCUGUCAGCAUCCAUGGGGAGGAGGAUAUUGAUGAUAUUGAUAAAGAAAUCAAAGAUGGUGCUGCAGCAGGAAACAAAGCCAAAGAACAGAAAGAUGGGGAAGAUACUUCAAAGAAGCGUGAGCGUUUUCCAACAGAACGUCCAAGAGAGCAAAAGCAAAAUAAACCAUUUCAAGAUGGGAGAAGACAAGACAACAGACGUGGCAAAAGAGACUUUUUCCAUGGUGGUAGAGGAAGGGGGAGAGGUGGAUUUGAUAACAUGCCACGUGGUCAUCACAUGCACAUGGAGCACCCCAGAGGGCCACACCCAGGUUUCCCAGACCACCAUGGGCCAAUGCGCCCACCUUUUGACCACCCUGGUAUGCGCAUGCAGAGGCCACCCGGCGAACCAUUUCACCCGGGACCGGCACCUUUCCCAUCUGGGCCCAUGCCAGGACCACCUAUGAGACCUCCAGCCGGAAAGAAUAUCCAUAUCAACCCACAUUUCAAGCCUGGUAGAGGGAUGCCAGAGGGUCACCCAAUGGACCGUCCCAUGGAUCCAGGAGGACCUCGUAUGGACCACCCCAUGGGUCAUGGUGGGCCCCCUAUGGACCGGGGUGGACCACCAAUGAUGCAUGGGGGCCCAGGGCCACGCAUGCCUCACAGCGGCCCUGAACCUGUCCCUCCUGGUGGUCCACCAAUGCAAGGGGGUCCCAACAUGAGAGGACCACACCCAAGAAUGGACCCUCCUCGCUCCAUGUCUUCGGAUAUACGCCCCAUGCAUGAUAUGGGGCCCAGAGGCUCCCCCCAGGGCCCUCCACAAGGUAUGCACAUGGAGGCAGCAAGAAUGAAUGCGCCAUUUAGAGGACCACACCCUGGCAAUAACAUGGGCCCCCCACAAGGUUCCAGGGGACCCCAGCCAGGGCGUGACCCAAACCCCCCUCACCCUGGGAUGCCGAACAUGUCUAACCCUAUGACACAGCCUUCCCACAUCCCUGGCCAGCCUGGUAUGAGCGAGCAGGAUCGUAUUGUUAUUGGCAACAGGGUGAUUGUGCCCAAUAUGGAAAAUCCGCAAGGGAUGCAGAUCCCCCCAGGUUACCCCGGCAUGCCAGGUCCUGCUGGCAUGGGUGCAGCAGCUGCUGCUGCAGCAGCAGCAAUGGCUGCCGCCCGUCAACAGCAGUUCCCAUUCGGCCAGCAGUUCCCAUUCGAUUACUCUGCUAUGUACGGUCCAAACUGGCAGCAACAGAUGAUACAACAGCGUGAUGCUUAUGCUGCCGCAGCACUCAAACAACUGGACAAUGAAAUGAACAGGCCUUCAUCAUCGACCCGAAAAUCAAGGCGAAGGUACACAGAUGAGGAAAGUGUUGGCAGUGAUGCCAGUAGUCGAUCACGCUCUUACUCUAGAUCAGCAUCCCGGUCGUAUUCAAGGUCACCUGUAAGAUCGUGGUCUCGAUCACAUUCUCCAUCACUUUCACCACAACGCUCAAGGUCUUAUUCGAGGUCAAGGUCAAGAUCUUUCUCCAAGUCCAUCUCUGGAUCACCAACUCCCAAGUACACGCGCACAACAGUCAAGCCCAGACACACUGACAGGGAGCCAAGGCGCGACUUCUCACGGUCCGCUGAAAGGCCUAGAGGACGACCACCAAGAGAGCGUCCAAGGGAAAUCAGGCCCUCCAGGGAAAGAUUUGGCCGACCGGAGAGGGACCGACAAGAGAGAGAUAGGCCUGUACGUGAUAGGGAGACAUAUCGUGACAGAGAGCUGGAAAGAGAUCGUGCUGAUAGAGACAGAGAAAGGGCGAGAGAUACUAGAAGGGACAGAGAGCGAGAGCGCGUCCGGGAGAGGCCAAGGGAACGUGAAAGAGAACGUGACAGAUCAGGAGGGGAUGGUCGAGAUCGGGAACGAUCCUCAAGAAGAAGUCGAGAUGACUCCAAACAUUCAGAAGGUUCCUCUAAGCGGAUCGUAGUUGGGCCUUCUGAGAGUAAGAAUAAGCCCCCUGAGAGCAAGUCGAGCAGAGUUGUUGUUAGCAAAAGCUCAAGUGGCGGCAAGCCAAGCAACCGUGUAGUGAUGGGGUCACUACCAGAUCUCAUCACCCCUAGCAGGCUCAAGGAACUUCUUGUCGGUAUUGGCCCUAUACAGCAAUUGAAAAUGUCAACCACUAAACACAAAGCCCUUGUUACAUUUGAGAAAAAUGAGCAUGCACUAGCUUGUCGCCGCAAGUUUCACAGAACUGUUGUGGAUGAUUCUCAAAUCACUGUGGAUUUCUUGUGAAGAAGCUUACUCGUGCUGUUAUGGUUCAAACUAUGUUUUAAGCUUCUUGUAGACCCUUGAAUUACCCUGCUCCAGUCUACUCUGAUUACUACUUGCUCUAUUUGUGUGAUUGCGAUGUCUUUUUGCUGUAUAGUUAUUGUUAGUUAGCCCCAUUUGUGUGUUAGUUAGCCCCAAUUGUGUUUUAGUUAGCUCUGGCUGUGUGUUCUUAAGCUCUUGUCGUUUGUCUUUGAUGUGUAUGGUUGUUUGUUUGACAUUUGUCAUUUGGCUGAUUUGUAGUUGUUUUUUUUUUUUCAUUGAGCCUGGUACAACUCCUUAUAAUUUAUUACAAAGUCAUCAAUUUCAUUUCUGUAUUACUACUAUUUUCAUUACUGUAUUGUGGAUUUAUAAUACUAUAUUAAUUUUUAUAGGCAUUGCUAUGCUUUGAUGUGUAUAAACUUUAAAAUCUGAAAUGUAGUUUUAUUCUUAAAAUUAAUGUUUUGGUUUCAGCUAAUUUUAUUAAAUAAUAUUUUCUGCUUAUAAAUUUUUAGACACAAAAUUACUCCUUUCACUUCAAAGCUGUUUAAGAUCAGGAUAUUGCAACCAUUAUUGAUCAGAAAAGGGUAGAUUUUGAUAUCUUUCACUGUAAAAGAGAUUGUUACUGUGGUUUAUAAAACCUUUGUUUGAUGGACUUAAAAAUCCUUAUUUGCGAAAUAUGAUUUAAUGUUUCUAAGGUCUUUGGCUAAAUUCAGGCAAUUAACUGAUGAAAAAAUGUCCAUUUUUGGCAAUUAUCCAAUCUAGAUGGUGUAUAUAGAAAGGCGACAGACGAGCUGUAAGAUAACUUUGCAUGUGGAAACAGGAAAAUGAAUCAUCACACGUCUGAAGUUUAUUGUUGUAUGCUUCUUUAGUAACAUCUGUUUUGCUGACAUUUUAAGUGUUAUAGUUUUCAAAGAGUAGUACAACAUAUAAUUUCAAACUUGUGUUAAUUCCUAAUUAUACCAUCUAGUUAGGGGUUUUGCUGAUUUUUGCUUUAAUUAUACUUUUCCUUCACGAAACCUUAGGUAAUUUCUAGAUAAAGUAUACCCAUACCUUGGUUUUCUCUAUUUCAAGUUCUGUGUUCGGAGCUUACUUCUUUGUUAGCUUCUACAUUUAGUGCAGUCUCAAAAACAGUACUUCAAGAUGCUGCCAAUUCUUGUUAGAAAGGCUGCCAUAUUUUUUAAUAUCAUUAUUUGCUUUACAAAAAUCCUUUCUAAUUUGUCUAAUGUUUUUUAUCAAUUUUGUGUCCACUUUAAAAGCAAUCUUUGGUAUAGUUUUUUUCUGAUAGAAACAUGAUUUAUUGAUGUUCUCGCAGUUAAUAAUGUUGAAUUUCACUAUUAUAGCACAUGGACAAAUUUCUUUUUGGGGAAAGGUCAAAUAUAAGGUAACCAGGCUCAGUGGAAGUUGUUGUUGUUGUUGUGGCUAGUUGUUGUUUAUGUAGAAUAGUUGUUUCUAAACUGUUUGUAGUAGAAGUAGUUCACCAAGACCAACAAGAGCUCUGAUGUACAGGAGCUGUUUGCCAUUUAUAUCAAGUUUUAACAAGAUUUAUCAUGCACUGGAAUGGACCCACUUAUAAAGGACACACAAACAUUACCAAGAUCUGGUUCUGCCAAGGAUUUUAUAAACAAGGACAAGCUCAGCGAUGGGUAACAGUUUGUUGUGAUACAUGAUUGUGUAAAACUCUUACAGUAGGUACCAAGUAAACAAGUUUAACUAUUACAUUAUUUAGAAAUUCAGAAUGGUGUUUGGCUCAUUGAUUGGCUUUUAUUAUAUAUUUUUAGCAUUGUGUUAAUAAUGAUGGGGGAAGUAAUUUUAGCUUGUUUAUAUUAUAGUAAUAUCCAUUUUUUUGGCAUGGCAAAGUCACCCAGAUAAAGCUGCCAUUAUUACUUGAAUUAGUAUUAUUCAAAUCUAGUUAUAUGAUUCACUGCCUUUAACAGUAAAGUACUUGUAACAUAAAAAGCUCUUAAAACAGAGUUUACAGGCGUUUGAGGUCAUUACCUUUUCAUUAUAGUCGCUAGCUAGAAUUAAGACAUAGUUACACAGAAAUGUCUGUAAACUCCAUCUACCUUAAGAACUGUUUAUGUAUUUUUACAGUCACUCACCUUAUACUCACCAAGCAUACCAGCCACUAGCAACGUAUUUCUACAUACAUUUUAUAAGGUUUUUGCCUACAUUGCUUGCUGUCUUCCUAAGACCAAUUUUAUUAAAUUUCUUGCUGUUUUUUGGUAAAUUUUAUUGUCUACUUAUGUAGAAUAAGAAAUGAAUGAAUCUGUAACCGGUUUUAAAACAUUAGAUAAUAAUACCUGUAGGCUUUUGUAGAAAUAAUGGGAAUAAUAAUCAGAGUUCUUUUUAAAACUUUUUUAAAAACUUUGGAGUUAUUCAGAGUUUAUUAUGUUACAUACUUCUUAGCUUUGGCAAAGCAUCUUGCUUUUGUAAAUGAUAGCUCUAAUAUCCUUAUUAGAGAUAAGUCAGCAUCAUGAUUAAUAGAUUAUUAUGGAUGUGGUAAUUCCAAUUUAAUGUAUCAUAAUAUAUCAUAAAGUGGUUUGCUUAUUGAACACCUGCAGUUAAGAACUGGUUCAACAGGGGCUGGUUAGACAUGAAAAAGAGUAUCUAUUGGUUAAAAAAUUAUGGAAACCCUAGUCUGUAGAGUCGACAUUUUUCAGCACUAUUUUAUAGUGCAUAUUUCUGAUUACUAAUGGUUUACUAAGGCUUCAUUUAACAUUCAUUACAUGAUCUUUUUGAAAUGCCAAUCUUUAAGAGCCAACCCAUACAAGACUGAGACUUGAUAGCAAGUUAUUGUAUACCACUUUUUUAUUGUGCUAUCUUUUUAGUUGAGUCUGUUUUCAGUGCUGAAUUAAUAUAACUGAUCUUAUAUACUACUAUGAUAAAUAUUUUAUAGGUGACAGUAAACCCAACUUGGGCAUGGUUUUUAUGCCAUGGGUUUCACGAUAUUCGUAUUAUGGUAAGAUCUUAUAACAAACACUUCAAAGAAGUUUUUAAGUGUAUUUAGUAUAAGAAUUUAAGGUCUUUCAGAUGAAUUGUGUGAGAUCUUGACAUCAUCAUCAUCUUGAAGAUGAUUGUAUAUUAAUUAAGCAUAUUGCUUAGAAAAGUUGUUCAGAAAUUGCUGAAUGUUCAAAGAUUGUUCAUUUGUAUCAAAUGAUGGUAUUAGCCAUGAUGAUUCAAAUCAUAACAUACCUGAAAUUGGUUCUAUUUUUAUUCAAGAUCACAUAACACUGUCAACAUUUAAUUUUUUAUACUAAAAUGUUUUUCAAGAUUCUUUUUUUUUUACCAAAAAGGUAAAAUUUCCAGUUGUUAAGUUUCCAGUUUCCAAUACAAAUUUAACUGAUUUGUUAAAGUUAAAAUUUGUGUUUAUUAUUUGUGUUAUCCUAUUGGUAUGUGGGAUACCAAAGUAUUUCAUAUAUGACAUUCUCUUUUUUGUGGUGCCAAUUUGUUUAAAUUGGAUUACCUAGAUUUAUAGCCUGGAUUUGUGGUGAAAGGGUUACUAAGGUUGGGUAGAUAAACAUAUAUCCUCUUGCUCCUAAGUUAGUUUUGGUACACCAUGAUAUUAAAAAUCCUUAACUACCACAAAUUUCAGGCUAUGAUGCUCAGCUUCAGUCUAAUUUCUAUGCAAAUUUUGUCUGUAGCUUUACUGGGCACUUAAUUUUAUAUUUGAUUAUAUAUUUUUUUUUAUUUUUUAAGCUCUUUUUGUUAUUUUAUAUAAAUAGUCGACAUUUCUUAUAUCUCUUUGAUGUCUUUUUACAUUUUUAAACAAUAUCAAAAUAGAUGUAACCAAGACACUACUCGUAUGAUUGAAUCAGACAGAAUAGAAAGCCAACUUCCCACAAGUUGAAGUAAGAAUUAUUGAUAAUUGUUGUACUAUAGUAGAUGGCUUUGUCCCAUGUGCUUUCUGUGUGUGUAUUAGUUUGUAAUUAGAUGCUUGGGAUCUUUAUUCUUAUAAGAGGCGGUAUCGUUAAAGUUAGAACAAUGCCAGGAGUCCAAAAUACUACAUGUUUUAUGGUUUUUAUAACGAAAUUUCAUGAAUAUAAUGUUUCUUCGAGGGAUAUAGAUGGGAAGGUAUCAUUUAUUGUGGAUGAGAUGCAGAGGGGGUGGAGUUCAAUCAAAACGUAUUCUUGAUGUCUCUAUAUAAAAUUGAAAAUAGUCUGCCGUCAGAAACUAAACUAUUGUACCUGGUAUGAAAUAAUUUGCCUUUCUAGUAGUCAUGUGCAACCAAUAAUCUGUUAAGAAUGGCAUAAUUUUAAGAAGAUAAAAGAGGAACAUGGUAACAAUUAAUUGCCUCCUGAACAGUGAAUUGCUUAAAAAAGGUUUUCCUUGAUAUGGGAUCAAAAAUCCCGAAUUUAAAGCAACUUACUACUGUUCUCAAAGUAGGAGUACAAAUAAUAUCAACGAUAGUACACUUUUGGGUUGGGUUGCUUGGUGUUUGUUGAAACACGAUCAAUCGUCUAAUGAUUUGACAUCGGACAGAAAUUCCUUACUAACUGAUUACCUUUCCACAGCAUCAGCAAAUAUAAUUGUAAAAUAAAAAUGUUAGUAACUGGC